AUGACAAGCCUGUCCCUCACCCCAUUUCGGUCCCACCUCACCUGGAAUGAGCGAUGGUAUCUGGACUAUUACCGUAGUCGAGCCGCGGUACGACUCGGUAACUACUACAUUUCCCCAUUCUGGAAUGGUCUAGUUCUUCAGAUAUGCGACCAGCACCCCGUGGUCUGCCAUGCCGCAAUUGCAUUGGGUGCAUAUUAUCACCAGUUGGAAAAAUUCCGGCACGGUGAGAAAGCGGACUUAGAAUCUCUGCCCGCUCUCUAUCAUUCUACAAAAGCGAUCACUUGUCUCCGAGAAAGUCUGGCUCGGGAUUCUGCAGCUCUCACGGGUAGCACAAAUUACAUACAGAAGGAGCUGGUCAUAGUCACAUGUGCUCUAUUCGCAAAUCUUGCUUUUUUACAAGGGGAUCUCCCGGCCUUCCGCUCUCACUUGACUUCUGGAUACAACCUCCUUAAGCAAUGGGAAAUUGAAAAGAGAAGUUUAUCGGGGUUCCUGUUGACCCAACUAUUCGUCAGGAUCCGCGGUCAUUCGGCGUUUUGCAGCAAUCCCAAGUUACUUCAGAUAUUGCCCGACGAUGCCGAUUACUUCCACGUGGAGUACUCGAUGCUCCCCAGGAAUGCGGUCCCGUCGUCCAAUAUGUCUAAAACUCUCUUUACCCCUAUUGACCAACUCGAUCGAAUUUGGAACUUGACAUCGGUUUUAAACGGUGUCGUGAUUCAUGGCACGUAUUCUGAUUUUGAGGUCGGACCGGCAUGUUCUCUCAAUGACCAUGCAAUAGAGAUAUCAACGAAUAUCCAGCUCGUCCUCCGCGCAUCGCAUAAUCAACCUCCGGGAAACAAUGAUUCCCUCAAAUUGGUUGCUCUUUGGGCAGAAGUCAUUGGGAUCAAAGUUGCUGUUGCUCAGAUUCCUGGUUCGGAUGAGAUAGCAUAUGAUGAUCACUUGGAGCAAUUUCAGCGAGCUGCAAAAAUGGCACUGGACCUGUCAGGUCCGGGUACAAACGUUGAGAGGUUGUCGCCAAUGUUCUACGAAGUCUCUGUUGUUCCUGCACUGCUAUGGAUUGGGCUCAAAUGCCGCAAUUGGCUAGUCCGCCGUGAUGUCCUCUACAUACUGCGAAACUUGGCUGGAGAUCACUUCUGGGUAUGCGCAACAACUACCGCAAUGAGUAGAUUAAUACUUCUUGAGUCUAGUGGGAUGAAAAGAGGGGAAUUUAUUCCUAAAGCUUCCCGGUUUGAUCGGGUCAACGUGAGAAUUGAUCGUGCAGCAUCGAAAGUUGAACUGCGACAUUGCACGCUUCGCACGCCCACAAAAGGUAAUGAUGACGAUAACUUGGAAGUUAUGGAAGGCAUAGCUACGUACCCUUAUGAAGACAAUGGGAUUUGA